CUUCAACUCUUUCGUAUUCGAUUGCUCGGUAACCUUCGUUGAUCCGCGACAAAGCCUUAGGUUGCUUUUUCCUUUGCUCAAUAGCGAGUCAAUCGCAAAGUCUAGACAGUAUGGCGAACGGGAACGAUAAGAAAGACGACUUCGAGGACAUUCCCCGCGAGCGGGAGGGCACACGACCCGACUUCUCAACGCCACCACCUCGGAAGAAGCUCCCCAAGAGCUUGCAGGAUACACUCGACAAUGAAGAGAAGCUAUGGGAUAUCUUCUACGAGGGAAAGUCGGAGGACUCCACCGAUACCAACUUUCGAUAUGCGGCGUACGCUUCCCGAAUCCGAACGAUUAUGCUCAGCGCCCAUCGCUAUGUAGCAUAUACCUCCGACAUUGGUGAAUCGUUCCGACCUGUCGCGCAUCCCUGGCUCGUACGUGGAGCCUACGGAGUAUCAUGGGUCUAUCUGGCUGGAGAUGUCGCAAACGAAGGUUACAAGGCAUACAUAAGGAAUCAGCGAGUCCUCCAUCCAGAGCUGUACGCCGAGGAGGACCAGAACAGCACCACCACCGAAGACAAGAGCAAUGGUAUCGCGGCAGCCGUGAAGAACAUGGGCAAGAAUUUGGGAAUCAAGCAGGGCGAAGGCAAUCAAUCGACAGGAGGCGCACUCGUACUUCCCGGUCACGUCCCGGCAAUUGAGGACUACAGGGCAGUUAUGGCGCAGCGAGCUGUGUUCCAGUCAAUUGCUAGUAUGGGGUUGCCCGCUUUCUUGAUCCAUAGCAUUGUAAGGUACUCUGGAAAAGCGAUGAAGGAUCUGAAGAACCAAAGAGUGAGGACGUGGGGUCCUAUUGGACUCGGUCUUGCAGCAGUUCCGUUCCUCCCAUACAUAUUCGAUGAGCCGGUUGAGCACGCGACUGAAUGGGUUUUCCAUAAUGCAUUCAAGGCGAUUGGUGGGCCUGAAGCUGUGGCAGGAAGACCAGUGACCGGAAACAAGGAAUUGAGAUCCAAAGAAUCGCAUGUCCCGAGUAAGGAACUAUAGAAUCCGAGGUCGAUGAAGAAAUGAAGAUGAUGGAACGAAGACGCAGGUUCAGUCUUCUGGUCCUAACGCGGGACUAUCAGAUUACCACCGUUCAAACAUGUAUAUGUUCACAUACCUAAUGACCACUCCGCCUCUUUAGCAGCUGUAUAUAUUAAAAGCUUACUUCUUAUGCCAUUCUCCA